UUAUGCUUCAUGAGAGAUGGUUUGCGAAGUAAUUAUGUAUGGCAAAAAAUGACUAAUGGCUAUUAGCCAAAUAUAAUUGUAAAGAUGUACUGUAAUACCACAUUUCAGUCGGAACAUAGAUUGUUUUCAUACACUUCUAAAAUGACUUACCUUCUAGCUAGUGGUGUGAUAUGAAGCUUUUCAUGAACGCAUUUAGCACGGGCGACCAUGGAAAAUCUUGUCUAUAUGUACGGAAGCAUGGGGCUUUUAGCCUAUACCUACAAGCAUGGUAGAAUAUAGCAUUCAAAAGUCGAGGGUCAUUCCAUGGCAAUGAAAUGUACACGUCCAUAACGCUAAAAUAUGUGAUGUGAAAGAUUACGUGACAUUCUACUACUUUUGGCUGCAUGAAAAACAAGUACAAAACGUUCCAAGUGGGCCAAAUAAUUCACAUCAUAGGCUACAAUGUGCUUUUCAUUGGUGUUAUGGACGUUACAAAAAGUUAUUUUACCGUGGAAUUGCGCCUAGUGCUUCCAAACCAACACUAACUUACUGCUUCCAAACCCCCAAACCAACACUAACUUACUGCAUAGCUCAAAAGGUAGAGAAUGUUUAUUUGGAGGUAGCACUUGUACUGCUCUCACUUGUUUCAGCCUGAUGCAGACCUGUUAUGAGGUGCCCGCUGUCCUAAGUGACUCUGAUGAGAGCUGGCAAGGUGAGCGGAGGCGCAGACAAAGGAAAAGAAGAGUGAAAGGGACAAGAGAAGAGCGUGCAGGUCUUGGUCCAGGAGACACAGAGCAGAGAGGAGAGAAUCUAGGAGAUGGACCAGGUGGCAGAGGCCAGGGAGCUGGAAGAGAGAGUGCAGAUGUUUCAGGUGGAAGAGGAGAGUGUGCAGGCCCUGCAUCAGGUGACAGAGGCCAGAGAGGUGGAAGAGGCCAGAGAGGUGGAAGAGGCCAAAGAGGUGCAAGAGGAGGAGAUAAUGCUGGAAUUGGCAGCAGAGGAAGGAGAGGGAUAGGAGGUAGAGAUGCAGAGGAAGAGAACAGAGUGCAGAUGAUCCAAAAUGACCGAAGGGUACAGACAGAGGCACUCAUUCAGGGCAUGAGUGAAGUGAGGCUACGAGCACUAGCAACUCAGGUCUUCUCCCGGAACCCUGGAUUAGUUUUUGAUGCACUUCCUUCAUUGGACAGCACAACCCCACCUAACGCUGCUCUUCCAUGGUGCACCUGUGGGAACUGCAGGGAAAUGGCCACAGAUGCUGAAAGGAAAUGCUGUGGCCAGGGGCCUGAAAACUGCAUCAGCAAAUUGGCACAUUUUGAUCUGUAUUGUCUGGAAGAUGGUUAUUUGCGUAUCCACAGAGAUUACAGAAAUGAUGUGUUGGUGGUAGCUGAAGUUAGAGAGCCAGGAGAUGAUAACAGACAAUUUAGGUAUGCUGCUUAUCGUCAAUACAUCUUUUGGCAGCAUGGGUCACUGGGUCAGGGUAACCGUCGUGUUAUUCCCAGCUGCUGUAUAUGGAGAAUAAGGGACAAAUACCCCGACCCCCAGGGCCAGUACACUGGCUUUGUAUGCACCAUUUGA